AUGAAAAAUCAUUAUAAAAUUUAUGCACAACAUCAUGAAGAUCUUGAUCAUAAUCAAGACGAUACAUUAACACUACCAGCAGCAAUAACUGAUAUAACAACAAAUUCAAAUGAAACUCAAUCAACAGCAACAGCACCUGUGCUUAAAACAGACAUGUUAGAUUGGCUUCGAUCAAAUUUUCAUGGCUGUGAUUUGGGUCCAACAUCAACUCAACUUGCCAAUGAUCGUGUUACACGUUCAAUGAAAAAAUUAUAUGUUCAAGAAAACGAAGAUGAACAUGACAAUAAAGAUUGUGUGUAUGUAGAAUAA